AUGUAUUUAUUAGAUACAAAAUCAGUCUCGUCUUCGGGCGAGUCCCUUGGUGAUUCAUGGACAACUACCAAGGGAGAAAUAGAAGGCCCACCUCAAGACCCUAUUCCCACACCCACUCCUCCUCCGCCACCUGGAGUUCAAUCAUAUCUUGAAACCUUACCACCUCCAGAAAAAACCGGAUAUUCUAUAACAUUUCCAUGGGUUUAUAAUGUAUCACCAGAAAAUGGAAAACAUCCGCAACGAAUAAAACAGUAUCCAUAUAAACCCCCGAAUUUUUGGACCUCAUUAUUAUCCAUAAUGCCAUUCUAUUUAAAUUAUAAUAUAGCUCGAUGGAUAGCUGUUCGAACAUUAAAAGAUAGUACAUCACCUGCAUAUUUCCCCGACGAAUUUAUGUCGGGUGCCAGCUUAGGAUUAGUACAAGUGUGUAAAGCAUUAUCCACCCCACCAGACAGAGAAGGAUUAGAACAAAUGUUUACAACUCGAUUAUUUGAGCGCUUCUCUGCUGAAUUGGACAUUUUAGAGGCAGAAAAAUCAGCAGUCUCAAUUAAGAUAACAAAGAUUCACGAUUCCCAGAUUCAAGAUGUUUGGCUCACCAUGGGUCCACGACAUGCGUUCACACGUAAAAAUGGGGAAUUUGAUGUGUUGCAUUUCAUGACACUAAAGAUAGGCGUGAGACGGAGUAGCGAGGAAGGAAAUUGGAAUUACUUUCGGAAUAAAUUGGCUAAGAGUGUAGUUGAGGGUAUUGGAUUCAAAGUUGACGUGGCAUUUGAUGUGGAUGUCAUAUAUGCAUUGAAAUCGGCAAAAGAUGAAACAUUGAUCUUUGAUCAGUGUCGACGUAUACUCGUCGUGCGAUUUGAGAGUCCGUAUUUUGAACCGUCAGAGCGUAUACUAGAAAUGAGAAAAGAGGAUAGUUUGGUAUCACUUGGAUGGAAUUGGCGAGUUGGAGAUAUCGACUAUUUAUUGGAAAGUGAGGAUUUAGAGAAGGAAGAGAGAGAAAAUCAGGCCAGCGUAGCGUUAUGA